AUGAAUACAAGGAGUCAGAUUCGCCUUCUGCUGUGGAAGAAUUGGACUCUACGCAAGAGACAGAAGAUCCGCUUCCUGGUGGAGAUUCUGUGGCCGGUGGUUCUGUUCAUUGGUCUGGUGUGGUUGAGGAAAGCCAACCCUCUUUACAAACAACAUGAAUGUCACUUCCCCAACAAGGCCAUGCCUUCCACAGGUAUCAUCCCAUGGAUCCAGGGUAUCUUCUGUAAUGCCAACAACCCCUGCUUCAAACACCCUACCAGGGCAGAGGGCUCUGGGGUCGUCUCCAACUACAACAACUGCAUACUGGCGCGGUUCUGGGCUGACUCCAAUGAGCUGUUGUUCGACGACCCAGAGUUCCAGCAGUUGGGUCGGGUGUGGGAGGACAUGGCCGUCAUGAACAACUUCAUGGACACCAUAUGUAACACACCAGAACAGAUAGCGGGUCGAGGUCUGAAGAUAGAGGAUAUCCUGAAGGAUGAUGAGAUGCUGACAGCCUUCCUGCUGAGAGACGUUGGCCUGUCAGAGUCUGUGGUUCAUCAGCUGGUCAACGCUCAAGUCCGUCCAGAACAGUUUGCCCACGGUGUUCCAGACCUCCACUUGAAGGACAUCGCCUGCAGCCAGGCUCUUCUGGAGAGGUUUAUCAUCUUCCCCAGCCGAAGAGGCAUGUACGGAGUACGUAACGCUAUGUGUGCCCUGACACAGCAGCGCCUGCAGAAGAUAGAGGACAUGCUCUAUGCCAACGUUGACUUCUUCAAGAUCUUCAGACUGUGUCCCGACCUUCUCUAG